AUGUAUGCACAAAAUGAAGCGCAGGAAUUAAAAGAUGAAGUAAUGACACGUCGUUGCAUAGAGGCCAUACGAUUCUUAGCAUCACUUUGGGUCUUAUACUGUUUUGAAAAAACAGAAGCUGGACAGUGCUCUACUUUUUAUGUUGAACUUUUUGGUAGCAAUAAUCCUCGCCAAAUCAUUAAUACUCAUUUGUGUAAAAGUCAAUUAAGCCAUAUUGGAAUGGUAAUUUUUGCGGAUAUGCUAAAAUUGCGAUUAGAAUUAUUAGACUGUACAGGUGGAAGUAUAAUUGAUGAAGAGCAACCUGAAUUAUUACAAAAUUGGAUACCAGAAGAUUUAAGUGCAGAAAUGCAUCUAAAACCUGUGCUCACAUUUUUGAAGGUCGAUCGAACUAAUUUUCUCUAUGCAUUACAUUCUACUUUCAAGUAA